UAGUCCGUCAUCAGGCCUUUGCAGUAGGGAGUUGCUAGACAGACCUCUUAAGUUUUUCACUACUUUAUUUGUAAUUUUUGCCUUAUUUUGGACUUUAAAUUUAAACAGUUUUGGACAUCAAUGACCUCGAUACUGCUCAUGAGUGACACUGACCGGUAAAAGAGAGAGUUUUGGGUGUGGUACGUAACUUGAAAGCCAAAGAAGGAAGAAGAGAGAGGGGUAACAUCGGAGUGACCGCGGCGGAGCUUAUGAUGCCGACGUUGCGGGACAGCACCAUGUCCCACCCCGGCGAAAAUUCACAUCAAGUCCGGGUAAAAGCUUACUAUAAAGGAGACAUCAUGAUCACUCACUUCGAGCCGUCCAUCUCCUUCGAGGGUCUGUAUGGAGAAGUGCGAGACAUGUGCUCCAUGGACAACGACCAGCUCUUCACCAUGAAGUGGAUCGACGAAGAAGGUGACCCGUGCACAGUGUCGUCUCAGCUGGAGCUGGAGGAGGCUCUGCGACUCUAUGAACUUAACAAAGACUCCGAGCUCAUUAUCCACGUGUUCCCUAAUAUCCCAGAGAAACCUGGAAUGCCAUGUCCAGGAGAAGACAAGUCUAUAUACCGACGCGGGGCUAGACGCUGGAGGAAGCUUUACUAUGCGAGUGGCCACGCUUUUCAGGCAAAACGCUUUAACAGGCGAGCGCACUGUGCCAUCUGUACAGACAGGAUCUGGGGUCUGGGGCGGCAGGGAUACAAAUGCAUCAACUGUAAACUAUUGGUCCACAAAAAGUGCCACAAACUUGUCACGGUGGAGUGUGGCAGACCAGUGUUACAGGAGCCAAUCAUGCCUGGCCCACCAUCAAGUCAGUUAGACCAAAUGGAACAGCCAGGUGCGCACAAAGAGUCCAGAGAAAGCCUGACGUACGAUGGAGAAGAGAAAGAGGCCCGCAGCAGCAGAGACACAGGGAAGUCACCCUCCAGUCUGGGUCUGGCAGAUUUCGACCUGCUCAGGGUGAUCGGGAGAGGGAGCUACGCUAAAGUGCUGCUAGUGCAACUGAAGAAGACUGAGAGGAUCUACGCCAUGAAGGUCGUGAAGAAAGAGCUGGUCAAUGAUGAUGAGGACAUUGACUGGGUUCAAACAGAGAAGCACGUGUUCGAGCAGGCAUCCAAUCACCCCUUCCUGGUCGGGCUCCACUCGUGUUUUCAGACAGAAAGCAGACUGUUCUUUGUUAUCGAGUAUGUCAAUGGAGGAGAUCUGAUGUUCCAUAUGCAGAGACAGCGGAAACUUCCAGAAGAACACGCCAGGUUUUAUUCAGCAGAGAUAAGUAUGGCACUAAACUACCUCCACGAACGAGGAAUCAUUUACAGAGAUCUGAAACUGGACAACGUUCUUCUUGACUCCGAGGGACACAUCAAACUCACCGACUACGGCAUGUGCAAGGAGGGUUUGAGGCCCGGAGACACGACCAGCACUUUCUGUGGGACGCCCAACUACAUCGCCCCUGAAAUCCUCAGAGGAGAAGACUACGGCUUCAGUGUGGACUGGUGGGCUUUGGGGGUGCUCAUGUUUGAGAUGAUGGCAGGACGGUCUCCAUUUGACAUCGUGGGAAGCUCAGACAACCCUGACCAGAACACAGAAGACUACCUCUUCCAAGUAAUAUUGGAAAAACAGAUCAGAAUCCCGCGCUCGCUGUCAGUCAAAGCCGCCAGUGUCCUGAAGGGCUUUCUGAACAAGGACCCAAAGGAGCGUCUCGGCUGUCACCCUCAGACUGGGUUCGCAGAUAUCCAGGCUCACCCGUUCUUCAGAAACGUCGACUGGGACCUCUUGGAGCAUAAGCAAGUCGUGCCUCCCUUCAAACCAAACAUCUCAGGAGAAUUCGGGCUGGAUAAUUUUGACGCACAGUUCACCAACGAGCCCAUCCAGCUCACGCCAGACGACGAUGAUGUGGUGAAGAAGAUUGACCAGUCUGAGUUUGAAGGCUUUGAGUAUAUAAACCCUCUGCUGAUGUCUGCGGAGGAGUGCGUCUGAUCUCUCUCUUUCUCCUAUAGACUCUCAUGAACACGUCUCCGUUGCAUGUUUUUACAAGACUCACCAACGCUGCUUUUUUUUUUGCCAAAUCCAGUCUCGCACUCUGCCAUUCACAACCACUCUGCCCUUAAAACUGUCAAGUUUCUUUUUGAAUACUUAUUUUUGUAUCUUGUAAACUGCACUGAGAUGUCAUAGGGGCCUCUUUAGCAGUUAGCAUCCUCGCUGCUAACUCUCGGUUCUUCCAUGUUGCUGAACACUUAAAAUGGCCUGAGGUGAAAUGCUCGACAUAUGAACUAAAGAGCCGAUCUUCCAGCUGGUGAUUUGUAUUUUCAAUGCAUAUUUUAAAUUUGUACAUAUUAUUUACCAAUAAUGAAAAGUAUUGAGAACAUUAGACAAGGCUUUUUAGCAUCAAGGUACAAAACAAGAAGACAGUGUGUAGCCUCUUUCACACAUGCACUGAAACAAUAGGACAGUUUGGUUUUAUUGUGUUGAAGUACAGUCAAAUCUGUUUUACUGGUUGGGAACGGCCAAAUGUCCGAUGGCAAUCGUCAUAAGAUAAAUGACCACAAAUCAAUGAACUAAUUUUGAACAUUGCUUUUGUCACUGCAGUAACACUGAGUUUUGCGUUCAAUGUGUGCUGUCACUUUCUGGUGAAGUGGCACCUGCUCGUUUCUGUAGAGAUGUUAUUGCUUUUCUGUGAUGUUCCACAGUAUGGUAUUAAAAUCAUUUAUUUUAAAUAUGGAUGUUUUUACACAAAAACACCUGGAAAAAUGCUUUAACUGUGAGCUGGUUUCCUCUCCACAAAUGUGACCUGUAACAUGGCCCAGUAGCAUCAACUGCUUUAAUGCCAUACUGUGGAAGAUUCAAGGCAAAGCAGUAACGUUUCCAUGGAGACAUGCAGGGGUGUGCUCUCUUUCAAAAAUGUUCCACGGUGCAUCUUUAAUUUUGACACUAUUUUGUAAUAAUGGCCAGUCAGUCACCCAAUAUAUUCUCUGCUAAACAAAUAAUUGUAAUCAGAAAUACUGUGAAUAGAUGGCCCUGGUGGCACCACUACCACGACUAUGACGACCAUUAGUACUACUACUACCACCACUAUUAUUAGUGUUUUAUCUUAGCAAUUAUUAAGUAAAAACGUUGAUUCUUUUGGACUUUUAUACUUUACACUACAAAAAUGUAGUCUCUCACAUCAAUGUUCAAACUAAACUAGUCUAGACAAAAAAAUAUUUAAACAUAUCAACGUAAAAUGAUAAUCUUUGUGCAUGUGUGAAAGAGGCAGACACUACUACAACAUAUUGGACUUAGCUUUGUCACCCCCUUUCUGUAGAUUAAAUUACACUAAUCUUUAAAAAUUAUAAUUAUUACAUCUGUAUUUCCUCUUUAUAUUAUUUAACGGUAACAUAUUAUAUUUUCAGAUGGGGUUAACACUACCAAAAAGUGCUAGUAUUUAGACAUACAAUGGUUUAGUUGUAUUACUAUGAUUAGCAACUUCUGGCUUAGAGGUUGUCCCUUGUUGAAGGAGCUGUAACACUAUUAGUAACGAUAGUAAUGCUAAUAUUUAGACUGUGAAAAUAGGCUGGAGGUGUAUUCACUGUGCAAAUCAUUACUCAAAAUACACAGGACCAAAAAUAAGGUACUUAUCAAGGUACAGUAUAAGGAAGAUGUCCUAACUCAAUUAUAUAUUCAGAUUUUUCUAUUAUUUUAUUGUUCUGCCUUUCUGAAAUGUGUUUGUAUUGUUUUUCAUUCCACUUAUGUUUUUGAGAUAAAUGUCCAAAGCCAUCACAAAGAGGUAGGAUUUUUGAAUACGUUUUCCUGAUGGUAAAUUGAACAAGCUGAAAACUCAAAAAAUUUUGGGCCCAUUCAUCGUAUUACUGUUCUGUUACUUUUUGUGAGUUGAAAAAAUACUUUGAAUCAUUUUUUAUUAUUAUGUUGAUUUACAAAAUGUUACGGGGUUAAGCCCAUUGAAAACACUUGUAUUUUUGGGGCUGUAUAUGGCCCACAGGACUCGCUCAAACCUUUUGUUAUUAGUGUAAAAAACACUCACAGUAAAAUAAACAUUUUAUUUCUCA